GCACCCGGUGCGUGAGAUCGAAGACCGGGACCAAGUCUCUAUGCUCUCGGCAUCCCAGGAGGGUUUCGCCCUCACGGGGGGCAAGAACCAGGCGCAGCACUUCAGGAUUGCGCUCCUCAGCAAGCUCAACCGCCGCCAGCAGCAGUUCGUGCUUGCGAACCAGAGCCCUGAGGCGGACCCCAACGUGGCCAAGUUAGAUGGCGAAGGCUCCGACUCGCCCGCGGAUUCUCGGGAUUCGCCCACCACGGACGGAGGCGGGUCUAAGCCGGUCUCCAGGACGACUUCCCGGCUGAAGGUGCAGGCAGCAGUGUCUCAAGGUAGCGACACUCCGACCUCUCGCAGCAUGAGCGCGACUGCACUGAAGACCGCUGCCCGGAGUGCCUCGCGACUCGCGCUUGAGAACAAGGAGAAGCCGAAGGAUUCCAAGAGCGAGGGCAGCCAGGAGGGGAAGGCUCCCAGCGCUCUCAGCCUGCCCGCCACCUCGAGCAUGCGCUCGAGAAGCAAUCUCUCUGCAAUGGACGGCCGCAAGCUGCCCAUCUCCGGCAGCAUCGGAACUCUUCGGGAAGCGACAGAGACGGUGGAGCCACCCGCGUUGCUGUCGCCGAAGGCCUGAGGGAGCAAACCGCCUGGGGUGCCCAGCUGGGACGUGGGGUUUUCUUGCUUUUAUC